AUGCAAGAAAGCGCAAGGAUCCAGGGUCGCCAGUUUGAUGAGAGUGUGUCGGUUAACACGGCUCAUGUUUUAGAAAAGAAAAAGGCCCCAGGGCCUUGGGUGCACCUUUUGGCGGGCGCCUCUGGAGGUCUCGCCACUGCGAUUGUAACCUCUCCGCUCGAUGUUCUACGGACAAGACUCCAAUCCGACAUCUAUCGAGUCUCCGAUCGCCCUUUCGCCGCCUCGUUCCCCACGCCGAAAACCAACACAGCGAACAUUAUCAGCUCCAUCUACCGGAUAGAGGGUUGGCCAGCGUUUUUCCGUGGUCUUGGUCCGAGUUUAGCGGGUGUGGUGCCCGCGACUGCGAUCAAGUUCUAUGUAUACGGGAACUGUAAGCAGAUUGGGGCUAAUUUGCUGAACCACGGACAGGACUCCCCGUUUGUUCAUGCUCAGGCCGCUAUUUGCGCCGGGAUAGCGACGGCGACGGCCACGAAUCCAAUUUGGCUUGUUAAGACACGGUUACAGCUUGACCGGGCUCAGACGCAUGCUGGGGAGGCUCCGGCUCGGAGGUACCGAAACAGUGUGGAUUGUGUUAGGCAGGUGAUACGCCAUGAGGGUAUCCGUGGUUUAUACAGAGGAAUGAGCGCGAGUUAUCUCGGGACCGUUGAGACGGCGCUGCACUUGGUUCUCUACGAGAAGUUAAAGACAGUUUUCAAUCAGUCUCUGAAGACAACAGAGGGAGCAAGCCCUACCUGGACCGAGCUUGCGCACUGGGCCAGCACAAGCGGCGCUGCAGGAUCAGCUAAGCUAGCUGCAAACUUACUGACAUAUCCUCAUGAGGUUGUCAGAACCCGGUUAAGGCAAGCGCCUAAAGAAAACGGUAUUCCAAAAUACACCGGCCUCGUGCAGUGUUUCCGCACCGUCCUCAAAGAAGAGGGCAUGGCAGGUAUGUAUGGGGGACUGGUUCCCCAUACGGCUCGUUCUGUGCCGUCGGCCGUCAUCACGCUUGGCGUGUACGAGUUUGUACUGAGACUCGUUGGCGUGUGA